UCGACCCUGGGUGUCUUCCCUGUUGGAGCUUCAGUAUUUACAACAAUAUUACCAGAAGCCUAUCCGUCGCUGCUGUCCAGCACAGACAGACAGACAGGGAGUCAAACCGUCGGUAGGAAAGCUUUUAUGGGUUUUUUUUCCAAGCAUACAGUGGGCGUUACUUCCAGUUAGGACUUCUUUUGUGCAUUUGGGAGAUAUUUCCUAUAAUGUUGGCGAGUGAUAUCCGUCUACCUUGUGCACUGCAGUGGUGCGCAGCUUCGCCUGGAGAAACACCUGUGCGCCUCUCCUCUUCUCCACUGGCCACAGUCAUGAAUGUUGAAGAACAGAUAACCCUAAGGCGCGGUGUCUGUCUGCAUUUGUCUGGGAGGACGAGAGAGGGAGCAGCACGAAUACCGCACAGCCAGACAUCAUGCAAAGAGAAACCUUCCCUCGUUGCCAAGUGCUGAAAUGUUAGGACUGGAGACUGAGUGUGUCAGAUCAAAUCGGCAGACUGUUUACAUUUUGGGGGCAAUAAGAGCUGCUUGACAGUAGACUCACUAACAUCUCGUGUGUGCUUCAAGGCCCCUUUCAAUCACUAUCAAGAAACAACGUGUUAACUGAUCUUUCAUCAGCACCCCCCCACCCCCACCCCCCGUCAGAUUCAGCAUUCUAGAAAAGAGCCUAGAUGGAGUGGUCACUAGAGAGUGUGAGGGAGAUGGUGGCUGGAGGGAUGCAGUCUAUAAGGGAGUGUGAGAUCUGUGCUUUUGCCAUAGCCAUGUGUGUGCUGCUGCUGUUUAUGUGGUAUUGUUACAGGGUGGGCCGAGAACACGGCUCCAGCCCUCUGCGUGGGAGGUAUCUGACUGGGCCCAGCCGGAUUGGAGGGGUGGUGGGGGGCUUCAUGAGUUCAGACUGCCGUGGCAGGGGUAAAGGGAAGCAUGGGUCAAUGUUAGAAGAGCAGAACGGCUUCAACUUCUGCCAGUCCUCGGAGUGCUUCCGCUGUACCAGUGCUGGAGAGAGUCUGAACCAGAGGCUCUAUCACAGCCUGCAGGAUUACGCCAAGCGCUACACCUGGUCAGGUAUGGGCAGGGUGCAUAAAGGAGUCCGUGACCAAGGCCGAUACCUUAACAGCCGACCCACCAUCCAGCGGCCAGAGGUCUUCUUCCUCCCUGACCUACCGUCAGCCCCUUUCUUCUCCAGAGAAGUGCAGAGACAUGAUGUGGAGCUACUGGAGCAGAGCUUCCCUGCCCUUCUGGCUGAGUUUGAGAGCAUCUACCACCAACCUCCCGCCCGCAGUGGCUCCUCCCUACCUCCAGGGUGGAAAGCCAACAGCACUCCCCGUGGGCAGUGGUGGACCUACUACCUGGUCAACCAAGGCACCCCUCUGGUUCUUAAUGUCAGGAGAUGUCCACGAGCAUGGAGGGUGCUGGGCCAGUUGCGCACCUUCAUCGCCAACAACGUGUUCGGAAACGCCUGCUUCUCUGUGCUGACGCCUGGAGCUCUGAUCACUGAGCAUUACGGUCCAACAAAUGUCAGGCUGCGCUGCCACCUGGGUCUCAGAGUGCCCCCUUCCUGUGAGCUUGUAGUCGGUGGAGAGCCACAGUGCUGGUCUGAGGGAAGCUGUCUGCUUUUUGACGACUCCUUCCUCCACAGGGCCUUCCACGAGGGUGGCGCAGAGGACGGCCCCAGGGUGGUCUUCAUGGUGGACCUCUGGCACCCCAAUGUGGCCGCUGCUGAGAGACAAGCCUUGGACUACAUUUUUACCCCAAGCCGCUUAGAGGAGAAGGAGGGGAAAUAGGUGUGAGUGAGAUGCCCAAGCAAGAAACAGAUGGAGUUUAGGGAAGUGUUUGUAGGAUUGGGGAGCAACUCUUUUUCUGCCUCCAGACCAGCUCUCACAUUCACUGUGUACAUAUUCUCCGUCUCAUAUCUCUCUUUAUUAGCAGCUGACCAAACAUUGGGCCUCUUUUAUCAACCAUGUUCCUGUCUUGAUCGGGUGUUUGUGUAAAAUGCAGCCACACUCAGAAGUACUUACUGUGCAUUAUUCAAAACUGAGCAGGUGCACGAUUGUUCAUGCGGCCAUUUUAUCAAUGUAUAUUUUUUAAUGUAUUUUAUUUAGAAUCAUUGAAUGUUGGAUGGAUGUGCGUUAAACCAGGCACUAAAAAUAACCCUCAAAUAUACAGUAUCUUAAAGAAGAACAACAUAUCCAAUACAUUUUUAUUAUGUAUUUCUCUUUUUCUCUAUAACUUUGGGCUAAGUCUGGAGUAAAAAUUGUUAAGCUUCAAUGUACAACUCAUGUCAGUUAUUUAUUUUGGUUGUACUUUAUACAGUUCAACAGUAUGCUGAUAGAGAGCAGAGCGCAGUACAACGAGCCAAAUAAUAAUAUAUCUGUAGCUGUUAAUGUUUCGCAGCAUAUAUGGGUCUUUUUAUAGCAGAGCAACAUACUCUAUUAAUUGUUUAUGAACUAAAAACAUUAAUGGGGCCAACUCUUCCCAGGCAUUAGGAGAGACACAACACUUUUGUGUAAAGUAUUGGUGGCAUAUGACUAAUCUUUUACACUUAGUAUAACACCUACAUUUCUGCAAGGGCUAAGAAAUUUGAUCAUUCAACUUUUUGUAUUACUCAACAUAAACAGUCAUAUUUAAAAUUCAAAUUUUGAUUCCAAUGAAAGACAUGAUUGUCUGUGUGUUUGCACAUUUUUCUUCACCACAUUACAAAAACACCUACUUUCAAAUGUGGGACAAACUUUAGAUUGUUUAAAUUUUUAUGAAUGACUGGACGGUGUGAAUGGUGACAUAUUUUCAGAGAUUGUAGUGCCCGGUAUGGUUUAAUCAAAGCUGCUGGUUACAGUGCAGGUUGCUUUCAGGACUACUGUUCCAAAGCUUCUAAUAAACACAUAAAACCAGAUAACACAAAUAUGCAUAAUAAGCAAAUGCAGUAGGAAACCUAACUUUAUCUUGACUUACUUACAGGAUGUCCAACUGGGAUUUAAAGACAUUCUGAAUCAACUGGAAACGGUUAACAGAUAUCUAAGCUAAAUGCAUCGCUGCAUUUAGCGAUCAUGUAACAUAUUCAUCCAUAUACUGCUUUGAUAACAGAGGUCCAAUGUCAAUCAUGACAUGAAUGUUUAAUGCCUCUGUCAUGACUCCUGCUGGUGUGGUAGUUUAUUGUGCUCCCCUUUGAAAAUCAAUCCUGCUUUCACAAGACACGGUUAGAUAAGCACAUUUUUAGCUCAAAUUGUGUGAGUCGGCCUGUGUUGUAACAAUGGAGACGAAGCGUUUUUGGUAAUUUACUAAACUCUUGUAAUUUGGUUGUAUUUGAUAUCAGGUUUGUAUUUCUGUAAAUAGGGUUGAGAUAAAAAAAAAAAAAAAAUUGAACGGUUUUGAAAUGAUUGUCUUCAAUGCUAUAACUAUUGUGUUGUCUUGAUUUACAGGUACAGUGAUUGCAUUACAUUCUCCGGUCCAACCAUGAAAACAAUUUGAUAGAUUAAAUUUGUAGAUUCUGUAAAAUGUUUAUGAAGUACUAUCUCUGUUGUUUUGUGAUGUUUUUUUUUUCUUUUUGCAAUGCCAUAUGGUAACAACAUCUAUUAUUAAAGCCACAAUCCUUAAUUCUUCAACAGCACUUCAUGGGUGUAUGUGCAGAGUCUAGAAGGGUAAAAAUGUGUUGCAAGUGAAAAGUAAUCUUAAGCAGCUUUACCGGUCCGUUGCAAUUCAAGAUCCCUAUCGAUUCAAUUUGAGUGUUUACAAAAGCACGAUCAUUUACAAUCUGUUUACUGACACUCACAUUGAGCUGUCCAUAAUUAGGUUUAAAAUCAAGAGUGCUGUUAAUCCACUUUAGAGUAUGAAAACUGUCAUUCCCCAAGCAUUUGCUUUACAGUAUAUGAUGGGGCAACCAUUUUGUUUACAUUUGGAUUGAGGAUUUGUCCUUAAACACAUUCUUGUGUGGAUUUUGAACAGUAUUUCUGUACAUUUAAUAAAUGGUUGAGUAUCUUAUUUAA